AUGAGUUUGUCAGAUUUGAAGAACAGCAUCUUGGAGAAGCUUGGCGUGUUGGGUAGCAAGUGGGUGAAGAAACUAUUCUACAAGAUUCCCAUGGCGGUUGUCUCGACCGGUGUUCAGUAUGAAACCUUUGCGGUUAAGGCUGAUGAAGAUAUUAGGGUUCUGUUCUACUUUGUAAGGAGUUUUUCGGAGAUCAGAAUCCAUGAGUUAUUCGCGAAGUUGGAGGUUGGUGUUGAUAGUUCUGGGGCAUCCGCUCCAGUUCCUUGCCCAGCUUCCGCGGGUGGUGCAUCUAGUUCGAUGCCUGCGGUCAGACCGUAUCUUCCGCCGGUUCAAUCACCUUCGUUUGCGGCUGAUUUAGACCGACUGGAGGUUGUUGGUUCUGUACCUUUGGAGAAUGCAGCAGUAAUUGAGCCUCCCAACGUUGUGGGCACCGGUGGUGGCCUCGUACCUUAUAUCGAAGACUUUGGUGGACCCGAUCAAGUAGAGAAUGCAAUGCGUGACGAUGAGUCUGACCAGGAGCCUGUUGAUAUCGAUGGUGAUAGCGACGAUGACACAAGUGGCGAUCCACAUGCGCAGCAUCGGCCUUCAAGUUCUGGUUCUCAUCAGUACCUUCCACACUUCACACUAAACUUGGAAGCUCUUGGUCAACAGGAAGACAGUGGUAACAGAGUGGGGAGAUCUUCUACAGAAUUUCAGAUUGGACAAUCAUUCCAGAGUAAAGAUGAAGCUGUGCUGAGUGUAAAGGACUAUAGAAUCCGGCGAGGUGUUGAGUACAGAGUCAUCGAAUCGGAUCAUUUGAAGUAUCAUGGAAAAUGCAAGGAAUUCGGCAAGGGUUGUACUUGGUUGAUUCGUGUAGCGCUUCGUGCACGAAAGGGGACUUGGGAGGUAAGGAGGUACAACGGGCCACACACAUGCCUCGCAACUUCUAUUUCAAGUGAUCACCGUCAGCUGGAUUAUCACGUUAUAUGUGCGAGGAUUCUUCCUAUGGUUAGGGCGGAUGCAGCGGUUACGGUAAAGGUACUUCAGCAAGCGACAGAAGCUGAUUACGGUUUCAGGCCUAGUUACAGGAAGGUUUGGAUGGCUAAGCAGAAGGCAGUGGCACAAAUAUAUGGAGAUUGGGAAGAGUCUUACGCGUAG